GAUCGGCACAAGUUGUGGUAUAAAUCCCUCAAUCCACUACUCGUGGUCGAGAUGAGAGAAGAACACGGAUGAAGGUGUAGCUUGGAGCGUGACGGUGAGGACGACCAUGGCAAUGCCGUCGGCAAUUCUCAACUUUCUAUUUCCGCCGCCUCCUUCUCUCUUCGUUUCAGCCAUGUCGGUGAUGAGCUUAGUGACGAUGACACGAGCUGGAUUUGACGAAAUCAAAGGGAAGCAUAUGCAGUAUUCAAAAUUCUGGAAUGUCAAUCCCUCGAAGGAGAAGAAGAAAAAGAUUCAGUUGUCUGGUAAAUCGGGGAUGCUUCUGGUCUAUUCUCCGGCGUUUCUCGCCGGUGCUGCUUCUUUCUUCGUCUUCCGUCACGACAGUCUCAGAAUAACCAUCCUUCAAUUUGCUCUAACCCUCCAUUUUUUCAAGAGGAUCGUGGAGGUUCUGUUUGUACACAAAUAUAGUGGGAGAAUGAUUCUUGAUUCUGCAAUCCACAUUUGCCUGAGUUAUUUCCUGUUCACUACUACUCUGCUGUAUGCUCAGCAGCUCACACUGGGGCUUCCAGAGCCACCAAUUGAUCUGAAGUAUCUUGGGAUUGCAUUGUUUCUCAUUGGCAUUACUGGCAACUUCUAUCACCAUUAUAUCCUUUCUAAAUUGAGAGAGAAUGGUAAUAAGGAAUAUAAGAUACCUGAGGGUGGUUUAUUUGGCCUACUGAUAUGCCCUCACUAUCUCUUUGAGAUUAUUGGGUUAUGUGGGAUUUCUCUCAUUUCUCAGACGCUUUAUGCAUUAUGCUUCACCUUGGGCUCUGGUUUCUACUUGAUUGGAAGAAGUUGUGCAACUAGAAGAUGGUAUCUUUCCAAGUUUGAAGAUUUCCCUCAACAUGUUAAGGCUCUUAUACCGUUUGUUCUCUAAAUGUUAAUGACGCUAUAGUUGAUCAUGUUUGGAUUUUCGUUUAAAAGGUCCAAGUUAACAAAGGUUCAGAAAA